CAUCACAUACAUUAAGAAGUGGGGCUCAUGGGGAAAUAGAAUUCAUCUAGGACCUUGUAAGUUGCAAGAAAUAGGCGAACAGCCUGUACAGAGCUUUGUGUAAAGAACUGGGUGCGAUUUUUAGACAGAGGGGUAAAAACUUGUCUCUUGGUUGUCGGGUUCUAAUCUCUGUUGCUCAUUAACUUCAGUUGCGCUUAGAAUAAAAGUGAAGAUGGAGAAUGAACGUGUUAUAGACCAUUCACGGAGAAAACGAAGAAUUAAGUUCCUCCUGAUUUUAUUAGCUGUGCUCAUAUUCGUGGUUGUUCUGGUUAUUGUUUUUGGAGCGAUUGCAAGUGGGAAAAAGUCCAGUUUUAAGGAUGUUGUCAUUAAAAGAUGCCAAACAUACCUAAAAGAACACAGCAACAUGGCAAGGCAGAAUGACUGCGAGAUAAUCUGGAAGGCUUUUGAGCAGGCCUACAUUGGGAGAGAUCCAUGCGAUAUUCCUCCAGAGGCGUAUGAUCCUCUAAUAAAUUCAGUCAAGCAGGAUGUUGUCUGCAAUACUAUGCUGUUCUGGAGCAAAACAAAAGACAUGGUACAAGCAUUUACUGACAAGAGAGAUUGCCUGGUCAUUUUGGAGGGUACACUGCUUGGAUCUUUGUUUGAUGGUCUGACUUGGUGCAGCAAAAAUGAAAGCCAAGAAACCUUCACUACAGAUUGUCCCAGUUGGUCAUAUUGUCAAAACAACUCAGUGCGUUCUUUCUGGAUUAGGGCUUCUUCUAAUUUUGCCGCCACUGCUUGUGGGAAUGUGUCCGUGAUGUUAAAUGGAUCCCUGGAAGCCCCCUUCAGCUCCACAAGUACAUUCGGAAGUAUAGAAGUGAAGAUGUUGGAUCACAGUAAAGUGAACAGUUUGACUGUAUUGCUCGUCACCAAGGAAACAGACACGACUACAUGCGAUAAUCCCUCAUUCCACAGUCUACAAAACACUUUGGACACAAAGAUUGCUUACAAGUGCAGAAAGGUUCCUUAUUCCAAAGUUGAAGGCUGCAUUUCUGACCUUGAGAUACCAUGCAGUGACUGCCUGUGAGGACUCUGAAGACUCCUGAAAACCUUACAUACUCAUGUAAUCUGUGAAUCUGUGUUUUACUGCAAAUGGGACCAAAUCUAAUUAAUUAAAAUCUUGUAUUAAAACCAAAUUAAACACAAAUAUUUCAAUUAAA